AUGUCAGCUACAUAUAAUGAGGUUGGAGUCAAUAGAGAUAUUGACGUAGAAGAUAAUAAUGAUAUUGCAACCGAAAAGUUUGUGGAAGAAACAUCGGAGUUUUUAAACGAGGUUUUGCUUCUGAAUAACCAAAGGGAAGGAGUUCAUGAUACAACAGAUACUCAGAACCAACUGUCAUCUGAAGAUGUUAGUUAUGCAGAUGCAAUAAAUGCAAGUUUGUUUCCACUUCAAGAAGAAAAGGAACAAUCAGUAUAUAAUAUAAAUUUAUGGACCAUUUUAAGAAAGAGUUCGAUUAAUUUGAUUUUGCCAUUUAUCAACGGUAUGAUGUUGGGAUUUGGGGAAAUAUUAGCCCAUGAAAUAGGAUUCCGUUACAAUUGGGUUGGUACUAAAGUAGAGCCUCCAAGAAGAAUCAUUCGUAAAAAUCAACAAAAUCAAUCUGCUUUCUUAUAG